AUGACUCCUAGGAAUUUGUUUUCAACGACUCCAACUGCUCCUGAGUCUGCUCCUAUUAAUAUGUCGAUGCCAACUGCAACUCCUAAUUUUGGGAGUAAUAUUCCGCAAAACACUCAUGUUGCUGGAACAUCGGCCACCAUGAGUGCAGGUUUGAACAAUUCUAAUAAUUUUGCUGGAUCUUUUGCUUUUACUAAUCCAUCGCAGGGACAAGGAGCAAAUGAUUACAUCGCUAGAGAAUUUCAGAAGAUUAAAGACAUGAUUUCGAGCAUUCCUGGAUUUUGCAAUCCAAUUUCUGAAGUCAACCCUGCGUCCUAUCUAAUCAACAGAUAUGGCGACAGGAUUGCGAACGUAGAAAUCCCGAAGAAAUUCCAAGUUCCAAAUAUGAAACCAUAUGAUGGAACCACUGACCCACAGGAGCAUAUCGCGCUGUAUCUGGAGAAAAUGGAAACAGUGCCAAUUCCAUCAAAAUUGAAAGAAGCUUGCUUAUGCAGAAGCUUUGGAUCGACACUAUCUAGAUCAGCCUUAAAAUGGUUGCAGAGUUUGCCUCCUCUAUCUAUUAAUUCUUUCGCUGAUUUAACAAAUUUAUUUUAUAGUCAAUUUUCAUGUAGUAGGACUUUUGAGAAAUUGACUGAUGAUCUAUAUAAAAUAAUUCAAAAACCGCAUGAAUCACUUAGAGAUUUUAUGACUAGAUUUACAAAAGAAUCUCUUAAUAUUCCUAAAUUAGAUAUGUUGACCGCUAUUAAAGCUUUGCAGAGAGGUCUCCAUAAAGGAUCUAAAUUCCAGGAAGAUCUCAUAAUGACGCCAUGCAGAAAUUUAGAUGAAGCAAAAGCAAGGGCAUCAAGAUUUAUAAGGCUCGAAGAAAAUGAACUUACAACUUCGAAAUUAGAUGCCUUAUCAUAUGAUUGUCCAAAUCGGAAGGCAGAAACCCCGGUGUUUAAAUCGAGACAUAAACCUUACUCAAGACAUGUAGAGGAUCAAGUCAAUGUCGUUGAAGAAGAUGACGGGGUCGAAUAUCCAACUUUGACAUCAUACUGUUUCUCUGUAGGAACUCCUGGCAUUAUAAUGGCGCUUAGAGAUCUUGGAGACAAGGUGAGAUGGCCUCAGAAGAAAAAUGACAGAUACUUCAAGAAGAAAAUAUCCACUUUAUUAGCAAAAAGAUAUUUGACAGAACUCCUUGGAAGAAAGAAGGCCAAAGAUGUUGAAGGCUUGGACUUUUCCAAACCAAAAUUAACACAAAAAGCAGAUUCCCCACCAGCGAAUGCAAAAGUAAUUAAUACCAUCUCUGGGGGAUCGGAAGUGUGCGGGACAACAUAUUCAGCAGCAAAAAGACUUGCAAAGCAAAGCAAAGCAGAUAAAGGAGAAAGAAGUGUGAAGAAAGCAUCAAUUUCGGACUCAGACAUUAUCUCCUUUGAAGAAGAUUUUGAUGAUAUCAUGGAACCUCAUCAUGAAGGGGUGGUGAUUACUCUUUUUAUCGCUAACCAUUAUGUUCGCAGGAUUUUGAUAGAUAAUGGGAGCUCAGUGAAUAUCAUCAAGCUGGAGACUUUACGAAGAAUGGAUAUCUCGGAAGAAGAUAUCAAAGGAAAGGCUUCUCCAUUGAUUGGAUUCAUUGGGGAAACUAAAUAUACAGUGGGUGAAAUAAAAUUACCACUUUAUGUUGGAGGGAUGAAUUCGAUGCAGAAAUUCUAUGUCGUAGAUUCUCUCCCAGGAUGCAACAUAAUCUUGGGAAGACCCUGGAUACACGAAAUAAGUGCAGUACCUUCAACAUAUCACCAAUGUGUUAAACUUCCAACACCUUGGGGAGUAGUUACUGUCAAGGGAGAUCAGCAAGAAGCAAGAGAAUGCUACACAUCCAGCAUGAAGUCAGCUGCAAAGCCAAUUUCACAAUAG